CCGACGCCGAGGAAGGAACGACGGAGCCCUCUGCAGCUGGCCGGCCUCCCCGCCCCUGACCACCCGUUUCCCGGCUGCCCUUUGUGGCCGCAGCUGCUGGCCGCCGAGCCUAGGGCCGGCGGGGGCGCAGCGCGCACGGCCGAGCGAUGCCCAGCUCGCUGUUUGCCGACCUGGAGCGCAACGGCAGCGGAGGGGGAGGCGGCGGCGGCGGUGGCGGGGGCGGCGGCGGCGGCGGUGGCAGCGGCGGGGAGACCCUGGACGACCAGCGAGCCCUGCAGCUCGCGCUCGACCAGCUGUCCCUUCUGGGGCUGGACAGUGACGAGGGCGCCUCUCUGUACGACAGCGAGCCGCGCAAGAAGAGCGUGAACAUGACCGAGUGUGUGCCGGUGCCCAGCUCCGAGCAUGUCGCCGAAAUCGUGGGGCGGCAAGGUUGUAAAAUCAAAGCGCUGCGGGCCAAGACCAACACUUACAUCAAGACCCCAGUUCGCGGGGAGGAGCCUGUCUUUGUUGUGACGGGCAGGAAAGAGGAUGUGGCCAUGGCUCGCAGAGAGAUCAUCUCCGCGGCCGAACACUUCUCCAUGAUACGCGCCUCGAGGAACAAGAACACGGCGCUCAACGGCGCCGUGCCGGGACCGCCCAACCUGCCCGGGCAGACCACCAUCCAGGUGCGAGUGCCCUACCGCGUGGUGGGGCUCGUGGUGGGGCCCAAGGGAGCCACGAUCAAGCGCAUCCAGCAGCAAACGCACACCUACAUCGUUACGCCCAGCCGUGACAAGGAGCCCGUGUUCGAGGUGACAGGCAUGCCAGAAAAUGUGGACCGCGCCCGCGAGGAGAUUGAGGCGCACAUCGCCCUGCGCACCGGCGGCAUCAUCGAGCUCACGGACGAGAACGACUUCCACGCCAACGGCACCGACGUGGGCUUCGACCUCCACCACGGGUCCGGCGGGUCCGGCCCGGGCAGCCUCUGGAGCAAGCCGACGCCCAGCAUCACGCCCACCCCCGGCCGCAAGCCCUUCUCCAGCUACCGCAACGACAGCUCCAGCUCGCUUGGCAGCGCCUCCACAGACUCUUACUUUGGGGGCGGUGGCGGCGGGAGCAGCGGCAGUGCGGCCGCUACCUCCCAGCGCCUGGCGGACUACAGCCCCCCAAGCCCCGCCCUCAGCUUUGCACACAACGGCAACAACAACAACGGCAACGGGUACACCUACGCGGCGCCGGGGGAGGCCCCUGUGCCCUCGCCAGAUGGCUGCCCUGAGCUGCAGCCCACAUUUGACCCGGCUCCAGCUCCCCCACCCGGGGCGCCCCUGCUCUGGGCCCAGUUCGAGCGGUCCCCAGGGGGCGGACCCGCAGCCCCGGCGUCCUCUUCCUGCUCUUCCUCAGUCUCUUCGUCCGCUUCCUCGUCCUCCGUGGUCUUCCCUGGGGCUGGUGCCGGUGCGCCCUCCAAUGCCAACCUGGGGCUGCUGGUGCACCGCCGGCUGCACCCGGGCGCCAGCUGCCCGCGCCUGUCUCCGCCCCUGCACAUGGCCCCGGGGGCUGGUGAGCACCACCUGGCGCGCCGGGUGCGCAGCGACCCGGGCGGAGGCGGCCUGACCUACGCCGCCGCCUAUGCCAACGGGCUGGGGGCGCAGCUGCCCGGCUUGCCGCCGUCGGACACUUCGGGCUCCUCGUCGUCGUCCAGCUCUUCCUCCAGCUCCUCGUCCUCCUCCUCCGGGCUGCGACGCAAGGGCAGCCGCGACUGCUCCGUGUGCUUCGAGAGCGAGGUGAUUGCUGCGCUGGUGCCCUGCGGCCACAACCUCUUCUGCAUGGAAUGCGCUAACCGCAUCUGCGAGAAGAGCGAGCCCGAGUGUCCGGUUUGCCACGCGGCGGUCACUCAGGCCAUCCGCAUCUUUUCCUGAAGGCAGCGCGCGCAUGUGCUUGCGCAGAUUUGCGCGGGGGGGGCCUUGCCUGGCAGAGAACCCGAAGCCCUCUCCACCCUGUACCACCUCCCUGGCCUGCCUGGCUUGUUGGUGCCCGGUUUUCCUCCCCUCCCUGUUCCUCUCCAGCACACUCUGAGAUCCGAGAGAGGAGCUUGGAAAGCUGUAGUAUCCGCUCUUUUUUUUUUUUUUUUUUUAAAAAAAAACCUCUUCUUCUCUCUCUCUCUCUCUUUUUUUUUCUCUAAGAUUUAAGUUUUAAACAAAGAAACUUGCCAGAAAUUAUCUGCAUCUGAGAGUACUGUACCCUGGGAAACUUGCGAACCACCUGAACAUGCAUGCUGUAUAUGUAAUAGGAACGGCCGCAGUCUAGUGAUGUUAGUUUUUACACUGUACCCACCUAGGAAGCUCCCGAAAGAGGACCCCCCCCAAAGUGUCCCAUUCGCUCACCGUAGGAAGAAAUGAACAGCAGUGGACUCUUGCCCAGUGCAUCCCCUCGUGGGUGGGUUCCUGUGACGCUCAUUGCAGAAUGCCACGGAUCCUUUACCGAGUGUCCAUGGCAGGGCCAGGAGUUCCCGUGACACCAGGAUACUGCAGCUUUAUUAAAAAGAAACUGUAACAUAUCUCUUAUAUAUUAAAAAAAAAAGAAAAAAAAAGUUUAAAAAGUUUUAAAGAGAAAUUGCAUUAAUACAGAUUGAAGUAUUUUAUUCUUUUUUGACUUGAAAAAUUAUAUUUCAUAUUGCAAAGAUGUUUACAAGUAUUUUAAUUUAAGUUCAGUGAACUUUUUGUAGCUGGGUUAAAUCUUUUUAUUUUAGUAUGGCCUUAGGGCAAAGAACACUGUAUUAUUUUAAUAAUCACACAAUUGUGAUGGAAUUACAAACCAUAAAAUGUGUAAUGUUUUGAACAGUAUUCUGUUGGGAUGGAGAUUUUAUAGGUUCAGGCAAAUCUAGAUCUGCUUCACCCAGCAUAUUUUCUAUUCAGUGAUAUAAAGCCUAUUUUAUUCUAUAUUAUUACAAAAAAAAAAACCCCACAAAAUGUAUAAACACGUCAAAAGGAACUGUUGACGCUUUCUAACAUUUGUAUAAAUAGAAUUCAGUGCAAGUUACAAAAAUUCUGUUGCACCACUAUAGUUUUAGUAUUUCUAUUUUAAUACAUUUGUUUACCACUUGUUUAUGUAUAUGUAGGUGACGUUACUUGAGCUUAAAUGUACUUUACCGAGCAAAGUUUAAAAAACAAAGUAUAUUUUAUUUUAUGAUAAAGGGCCUUUAACCUCAUGGUCAAAUACUAAUAUUAUAUUUGCUGAGACAAGAUUUGAAAUUGUAUCAAGAGUUUUAUUUUUCUGACAUUUAAAGUUCUACAUAAUAAAGGUAAAACUUAA